AUGAUAUCAGCAUUGGACGGCUUGUGCGACGCCAUCAAGACAGGCAUAGUGGGCAACGAUAACGCCGCCACAGGCCAGUCGCACUCUGAACCUUUACUCACGCCCGCUGUGCUUGAUACGGCGUCAGUGCCAGACGGCUUUGCACGCGCCUUUCUGACCCGUGCGCGUCGGUCUCGAUUCCGCCACGUUGCUCCGGGCCUCGCCUUACCUCCCGUAGACGCAGCCGAGUCCAAAGCAUUGCAGCGCUUCGUACAGCAGCAGCGACCGCGGCUGCUGGAUAUCCCCUCAAUCUGCCUCUUUCCUGUCGCGCAAAGGGGGCUCGAGGCUGAUAUCACUGGGUCGCUCAGCCCACUUCUAAGUCACUCGAAUCUAUCCCGAGUCCCCGCCGGUCUCUACGAAGAGUUCGAAACGAGGAGUUUGUAG